GUCGACAUAGCGAACUUGUGCUCGAGCGGGACUUUCAUUUUUGCAAUUUUACUUCCCCACACUUCGCCAGGCACGGCAGGGACGGCACGCCUCGCUCGAUCGUUUUGCGAUUGCGCUUGAUCGUGUGCACAUGUACGCUCGAAUGCAAACGGCAAUGCAGAAGUUUUUUUCUAUCCGGCUGGCUUUGGGCGGGCUCAGCUUAUCGCCAUUGACCACACGAGGUCACUCCAGGGCUCGGAUCUCACUCACUUGCAGGGCAAAGCUUUGCCUGUCUUGGUCGAGACUUCGAGUUCACAUUACGACACCAGCGGCAAACGCGCUAUCUUCAUGAAAACGCCGCCCCAGGCCCCGCCAAGACAUGGUUGCACAUGGACCGCUAUCAUGCAAUUUCAUCGUCCCGCUACAUUUUUCGAGGUGGUAUAAAAUGAAGUGUGUACACGGAAUGAGGGUUGUUUGCCUCUUUCGCAGGACCAGCAAGACCGUCCCCUACCGAUUCUCUUCGUGUAGGCAGCAUAGUUAAACUACAAUGGCGACCACCUUCGAGCCAGAGAAGAAGACUGAGGACCAUCGCUUGACCAACGUUUCCUCUAUUGCCGAUGAGAAGACCGACUAUGAGAGCCACAGCAGUGACAAGGUCAUUGAGGGCUCCGAGGGCGUGACCGAGCACGAGCUCCACACCCUUAGACAUGUCCCUGACACUCUGCCCUACGCAUCUUUCCUGGUCGUUAUUGUCGAGUUUGCCGAACGAUGGACCUACUAUGGUACCACGAACUCGUUCAACAACUAUAUUCGUGCACCUUUGCCGCCUGGUUCGACCACUGGUGCUGUACCUAAGGCCGAUCGUGCUUCUGGUGUCGCAGGUGCUUUAGGCAAAGGUGUCCAGAAGUCUUUCGCCAUCCGAACAUUCAACACCUUCUGGGUCUACUGUACUCCCUUCGUUGGAGGUAUCUUGGCUGACACCCUAUGGGGUCGAUACAAUACAAUCAUGAUUUUCUCCCUUGUGUGCCUCGUUGGUCAUAUCGUCCUCGUGUGCUCCUCCAUUCCUCCGGCACUCCAACACCCUGAUGUUGCCCUCGGUCUCCUCAUUGUUGCCAUCGUCAUCAUGGGUCUUGGCGCUGGCAGCAUCAAGGCCAACGUCUCACCAAUGAUUGCGGAGCAAUACACUGGUAAGCUUCGCAAGGAGACACUUCCCUCGGGCGAAGUCAUCAUCCGCGACCCUGCCAUCACCGUUCAAAGAAUCUACAUGUGGUUCUACGCCGCGAUUAAUUUGGGUUCAUGUGGUGCUAUCUCUGCUGCAUUUAUCGCUCGUGACCAUGGUUAUUGGCAAUCCUACCUCGUUCCCACCUGUAUCUUCGCGCUCGUUCCACUUGUUCUGUUGGCUGGAAAGGGCAUCUAUGUCAAGACGCCACCCCGUGGGUCGGUUUUACUGGAAGUUUUCCGGGUGACGAAGAUGUGUCUUGUUCCUGCCUUGUCUAUCAACCCUGUCAAGACAUAUCGUAACAUGAAAGCGCCCACGUUCUGGGAUCCUGCUCGUCCAAGCUCGUUUCCUAAGGGCAAACGACCUGCUACCGUAACUUGGGAUAGCGAUUUCGUCGAUGAAGUCUACCGAACAUACAAAGCAUGCCAAGUGUUUUUGUUCUUCCCCUUCUUCUGGCUAUGCUAUUCCCAGAUCGAUGGUAACUUGGGUACUAUGGCUGCUUCUAUGAGGCUCAAUGGAACACCCAAUGAUCUGAUUCAGAACUUGAACCCCAUCUCUAUCGUUAUCAUGAUUCCCAUAUUGGACCAUGGUGUCUACCCCCUCUUGCGUCGUUGGAAGAUCAACUUCUCCCCCAUCAAGCGGAUCUCUCUUGGUUUCAUUGUCGCCGGUUUUGCUAUGCUUUACGCCGCCGUUCUAGAACACUUCCUCUACUUGAGAUCGCCAUGCCAUGAUAACCAACCUUCUGCUUGUGUAGGCGCGGACGGAAAGCCUCUUCAAGCCGAUAUCAACGUCUGGGUUGUCUCUGGUCCUUACAUUCUCGUUGGUCUUUCUGAGAUCUUUGCCAGCAUCACCUCUAUUGAGUAUGCCUUCACUAAGGCACCGAAAAGGAUGAAGUCCGUUGUCACCGCCUUCUCGCAGUUCCAGAACGCCAUCUCCUCCGCUAUCAACUUCGCUCUCACGGCGGUCAACGUUGAGGAGCGCUUCACAUGGCUAUUUGGCUCCUUCGGUAUUGUCGCCUGGGUAGUCGGCAUUCUCUUCUUCGUCACGUAUGUCACAUUGAAUCGAUGCUUUCUCCUCGCCAUCUCACUAACAUUCAUUCCAAUAGUUUCUACGACCUCGAUCAGAAGGAAACGGAGCUCAACAUGAUCGGAACUGGCGAACGUGAGGGUUUCAAGGACGAAGCUCAACCUGUUGUGGCCGAGAAAGCUGCUGUUGCUGUCUGAUGCAUUGUUGUGCAUAGUGUGUUCAUAUACUUACGAUCUCUUUUUCUCUCUGUGUAUGUGAUUCUAGUAUGACUUAAUGGGAUUCACGAUUUUCUUCAUUCUGGAGUGCACGCUACACGCAUAUAUGCACCUUUACCUGAACAUUUUCGUCUGGAUUGAAACAAACUGGUUUCCGCCUAUUUCGGCAGCAGCUCAGGGACCUCCACUUCCAGGUGUCACGCUACACCUUGCAUACUUAAUGCUGGGAUUAGCAAGGCGUGCCAAGUACACCUUCUCUGAUGGCGAUUCAUCUGUGAUCGGU